AUGGGCAGCCCCGGACCUGAGGACCGGACUUAUAUCCUAAGUAUAAAUAUUCAAGAUGGCAAAGCUUUUGGACCGGAUUUGCAAGCGGUUGCCUGUGCUGCUACCUUCGCUGGCGAGACCAAGUUAACACCUUAUAGCGUGGGCCGCGACACGCACAUAUGGAACACAACACUGCAAUGGCGUGUCACGAUGGAUCAAUUCCGGCGGUUUACAGCCCUCGGCCAGAAGGACUGUAAAGUUGUUUUAUCAAACAAGGAUGGCACAAAGCUGGGAUGGUUCCUGGUGGACAUACGCGCGGCCAAGUUGCAGGCUCAAUACAAGAAGACCGAAGGCACGUGGGUAAGCCUCACAGGCGCCAAGAAAGGGGAAAUACCUCAAGUCUGCAUGGUGGCGCUCUUUUACGAGGACAGGCCGGACGUAUCCUUCUCGCUUGAGCCAAAACCAUCUCCCAGCAAGUCACGCGCGGGCGCUGCUGGGUCCCCACCGGCGCGUAACCCCACUGCGGGCCUGCCGAACUUCGGCAGCCCAGGGCCAAACCCCGAAAACGAUGGCCCGUUCCGGAAAUUUGCCCUGACGGUGGACGUCCGCAGCUUUCAGAGCAGCAAGCGUCUGCCGCUGAGCAGCGCCAACGUCUACCUGGUGGUUAGCAGUGGCUAUCGGCUGCCGUCUCGGCUGGCACCGCUGUGCAGUCACCCCGCUGUUGACAUCCCGCGUGGCGCGGAGGGAUCGAUCCCCAACGGGUAUGGCACACUGGAGUUUUCCGCCGGCGUGGUUCAGCUGGCCCGGGUGUUGGCGAGUGAGCCGCGGAUCAGCGUGGAGGCCUGGCACAAGGAGAGGUUUCGCACGGACAUGUUGCUGGGCGCAGGGUCCGUCCCUUUAUCCCCUUUACUUCAAGGCGCCUGGGUGGACGGCUAUGCGCCUCUGUUUGCCCUGGUGGCGAGCUCAGUUGGGGGGGAGGUGCGGGAGGAGAGAGUGCAGAUGGGUCUGAUGCGAGUGGUGCUGUCCCUAGAGGACAAAGGAGCUGCGGUACCGGGGCCCCGUCUCGCCCCGGGGCCGCAAGCCCAGUUGAUCCCGCCGGCGCAAGCCAUCAUGGACGCCACCGCUGCCGAUGUGCCGCCGCCGCCGCUGGCGGCAGCGGCGGUGGAGGUGCUUCGGCCGCGGCCCAAUCCUUACGACCCAGGCGAGAUUGCAGCCUUUCCCAGCAAUAGCGGAGCCACCGCCACCGCCACCACGGCGCUUCCGGGCGGGCUGUUAGAAGGCGGCAACGAACUGAAUAUCCGGGAAAUGCAUCCCGCGCCCACCGCUGCGGAAAAGGGCAGCGCGUCCCAGGCUGACGCUGUUGGACCGCAGCAGCAGCAGCAGCAGAGACAGCCGCCUGCAGGGCUGCUGCCGCAGCAGCAGUACAGCAGGGCGCCGCCGCCGGCAGUGUCGUUAGGCUCUCCGCAGGCGCUGACACGUGCAGGGGCAGCAGCUGGCGGUGCGCGGGCGGAUGUAGCGGGCGGUCCUGAGUCCAGGCCGCUGCACGGCGCUGUACCGGAGUUUGAAGCGGCUUGGGAGCUGGAGGUGUGGAAGAAAGCUGAGGAGGCCCGUUGGCGUGCUGAGCUACGCGAACGCGAGAGCCAGCGCAUGCUGGUCCUCGAAAGCGAGUGGCGGCGGCGGGAGAGGGCCAGGGAGGCGGAGCUGGCCAGCCUGAAGGCGGAGUACCUGGCCAUGGAGGACAAGGCGCAGCAGGCUUUGGCUGCUGCUGAGGCCCGGGAGCGGCGUAUCCUGGCCGCGGAGGAGGCGCUGCUGAGGCGGCGGAAGGAGCUGGAACGUGAACACGCGGCACGCAUGGUGGAGGCCGAGGCGGCGGUACGGAGGCUGCAAGUGGAGUGCGAGCACCAACUGGACAUAGAGCGGGACAGGAAUACGGAACUGGUACGACGUGUGGCCGCACUGGAGGAGCGGCUGGCAGCCAGUGAGAUGCGCUGCCUCACCGUGGAAAACGAGUUUGCGGAUUUCCGAGCCGCGUCCAGGUCCACUCCGGAGGCGGAGCUGGCCAGGCAGCUGGCGGAGGCGCGUGAGGCUGUUAAGGCGGCGGAGGGACGUGCUGCCAAGGCGGCCAAAGCCAAGCAGGGUUACAAGGAGCAGGUUCGAAAGCUAGCGGAGCAGGUGGCGGCGCUGCAGCGGCGGCGGCACCACCGCGGCAGCGACUCCGGCGAGGGGGCCCUGGCCCUUGCCGUACCGGGCAGUGUCAGCGGGGCUGCACUGCCAGUCGGUCCUGACACGUCCGCCAUUCGAGCCGCAGCGGAGGAGCACGCUAGGUACGCGGCAUCACAGCAGCAGGAGUUGGCGGCCAUGCGCGCCCAGCUACAAGCCAUCAAAACGGCUGCACUGGCGCAGCUGUCCCCGUCCAGCUCGCCACGAGGGGGGCAUACAGACGCGGCCGCUGCCGCGGCCGCCGGGGCCGCUGCUGUCCCGUCGGCGGCGGCGCGGGCGGCAAUGGACGCCGCCGAUGAAGCUGCUCCUGAUCUGCGUUCCAGCGACCAGCAGCGAACGGGUCGUACCGAGUGGCGCGCCGCUGUGUACGGCGGCGGAAGGAAAGCCUCUGCCCUCCAAUCCGUCACCGCCGCUAGAGAUGCGGCCCAGUGGGGAGACCAGCGGGGUCUGCGCUCUGCAGGGCCGCCGCCGUCACCGCCCACAGAUCGCAACGAUGCACCCCUGUCCCGUCCCCCGCUAGCCCAACUGCCGACCAGCAGUAGCAGUGGCACCACCACGCCGGCCAACAACAGCACCUCAUCAUCUAACAGCACGACGGCAGUGAAGCAUAUGCAGCAGCCACGGGGCGGCAACGGCGGCGACGAAGCCGCGGCGCCGUACACUCAUCUGGACGGCGCCACUGCCGCACGCGCCGGCGGCUCGGGCGGUGGCAGUGGGCCCGUGCGCCAGCGCUGGGCCGAGCCACGCGCCGCCGCCAGCGCACCGCCGGCGGCAGGAGAUGGCAGUGGCGACCUAUCGCCAUUGGUUUCGGCGCCAGGGCUCGAUCAGGCAUCCUCUGGGAAGGCUGCCUCUGCGCCAGCCCCUGUCCUUCGUGCUGUGUCCACGGCUACUUCCAUGACCAGGACGGCAACGGUUGAAGCGGUGGUGGCUGUGCAGCCACCACCGCAGCGCCGCGGCUGGUCGCGUCUGUAUCAUCAGUCGGCGCCAACGCAAUGGGAGGAUGGCGCCGCCAUGCAAGGACGCCGUGAGGGUGACCUGGAUGGUGCUGGCGGCGACGAAGCUGGCGGUGGUGGCGAAGAUUCUGACAGCCGCUGGGGUGACGAUGACCGAGAACCGCUCCCUCCGCCGUACCAGCAGCAACAGCAGCAGCCGCAGCAGCAGCUCCAACCACACCAACGCCAACAUAGGCGCCAACAGCCCGAGCAGCUCAGCGACGCUACUGCCGCUGCAAACCUAGCCGGAGGCAACGAUGACGGCGAAGUUGCCGGCGAUGAUGGCGACGUGCACGCCAGGAGGAGCUUGGCCGACCACCUCGCCAACGCUAGCUCGGCUGCCACUCGGCUGCGGCAGCUGCAGCUCCAACGCAAUCUGCAGGAUGUUAAUAUUAGCAGUGGGACGCGGAGUCGCGGUGUCAGCCCUUCACGGCCUGCCGGGGGGGACCCUCAUUCUGGCGGGGCCCGUGCCGGCUGGCAGCUACCUCAGCAGCACUCUCAGCAACAGGAGCACCACAAGCACCCGGCCCAAGCUUGGGCAGAAGCGGCACAACACGACGAGCACGACGACGUCUACGGCAUCGGCCCUAGGGAAGACGCCGGCGUUGACAUCCGGGGGCCUGGGGACCCUGGGGGCAUGAGCAUCAGCUUCACCGCGGACGUCGGGCUCGGGCUCGACGCCGACUUGGAGGAGGUGAGCACCUCCAAUAGCUGCGAUCACUGGCACGUGGCUAAGGCACAUCUCAAGAGCGAACGUGCGGAUCGCCAGGACCCGGCGGUGUUGCCACAGCAUGGGCCCCACACAGAGGCGCGGACUGGCACACUCUCGCCCAAGGCCAUAAGCAGUGUUUUUUUUUCGUUUGGGGCCUAA